AUGAUUACAAUUUACCCCGAGUCGUUUACUCUUAAUCCUGUUCCCACCCCUCAAAAUGAAUACGACGGCGAGAUAUAUACUUCUCAUACUAGGAGUCUCGGUACGCCUGUUAUUCCUUCAUUUCCAGUCACUCGCAUGGUGGAGCUGCUUCAACGGCAACAUGGAACAGUUGCUGAAAAAUAUCCCGUACCCUUUGAAUAUCUCGAGUUGAAUGGCGAGAAGUGUCGUACAUCCGACAUCCGGAAAACACAGUUAGAAGUAUCAGGAGAAAGGAGACCGCCCCCGGUUCCCAAGAUUCACGGAUCCUCGGGCUUGGUGCACGCUUAUCUUAUUCCGCAAGGAGCCUGA